ACUGACAGGCCUGACAGCUAGGUCAGUCAACAUAGAACUUAUGAGAUUUUCGUAGUCUUAAUUGUAUAUGUUUGUACUCAAGAUUAUAUAAAUUAUGCCGAAAAAUAAAGGAAAAGGUGGUAAAAACAGAAGGAGGGGAAAGAACGAAAAUGAAACAGAAAAACGUGAGUUAGUCUUUAAAGAAGACGGACAGGAAUACGCCCAAGUCACAAAGAUGCUCGGUAAUGGCCGCUUAGAGGCCAUGUGCUUUGAUGGCAUAAAACGUCUAUGCCACAUCAGAGGAAAGUUAAGAAAAAAAGUCUGGAUAAACCAGGGAGAUAUUAUAUUAAUUGGUUUACGAGAUUAUCAAGACGCAAAAGCGGAUGUCAUCCUCAAAUAUACCCCUGACGAGGCAAGGAAUCUGAAAACGUAUGGAGAAUUCCCUGAAACUGUACGCAUCAAUGAGACUGUAGUGUAUUCUGUUGAUGGUCUGGAUGAAGAUAUUGAAUUUGGUGAUGAAGUAAGCUCAGAAGACGAAGCUGAUACUGUUGAUAAUAUAUAAGUAAUUUUUAUAUGUCUAACAUACAGUAAGUCAAUGUAAAUUUAUUUUCCGUUAUGAAUAAACUGAAUUUGUGAUUUUGAUAUUUGUUCUCAAAAUUACAUGUAGUCUUACACCUUAAGAAAUGUCUAGAUUAUUUAGACACCCAGUAUUGUCAUAAA